AUGUGGAGCUAUGCAGAAGGCCUUCCUGGCCUAGGCCAUGGUUUUAUGAUUUGGAUGAUCGGAGAAUCAAUUUACUAUUUCCAAUUGAACAUUGAACAUUCACCUCGCUUUACUAUGUGGCCACAGCUCAUUGUCAAUACCUUCGAGAAGGUUGAUCCAGAGGCAGACAAGCACUCCUUCUACGGACCCUGGAACAGUGUCCUCUUCCACUGCUUCCUGCUUUCUGAAGGCUAUAUCAUCUGUCCUCAGUUCCCUGUCUCUCACAUCGAGCCCAGUAUUACGGACACCGCCGAUUUUGUCAUCACAUUCUCUAUCAUGAAAAAUGAGGCAACCAUAUUCUUUGUCGAGGUCAAGGCUCCGAAAUAUCUCAAAGACAUCUACGCAAGAGGAGCCGCCGAUGACUCGGAACAAAUGCGAAAAAGAUUCGACCAACUGUUCGAGAGCUUGCCCUACAAGAUGCACGGUAUCAGUGCCUUCGGCACCAACGUGUGCUUCUACCAACUGGAAAAGGAUAAUGCUACUGGUAUUAUGAGAUUCCUGAGGCCUCCUCCGGCUGCAAAGUAUUCGGAGCAAUUUCUUGUUGAUGUGGCACCGAAAAAUUGGUGGAAUCUCAAUAUACUUGAUCAGGAAGGGUAUGACAAAUUUAUGGAAUUCGUUGAGGAGGCCAAGGCUUUGAAACUUCAUGAACGUAUGCACCUACCUAUGCAUGUUUCUCAACUCGAAUUGUUUAAAUCAUUAAUCGCUGAGAAGGGAGAAGCGCUCGGCCCUAUUGGCAAACCUGAAAAAGACCUUGAAGAUUCUUGA